UUGCGGACUUUGGGUACCUGGUUUGCAAGGGCAAACGAAGUUGUCUGAGCUGUUAAUAUACAUGUAAACAGGAUAUAAGAAUAUCUUAUCUAAGCCUGACAUUUUUAAUUUACCUCGUCACUUUUGAUAACUGGAUAUGUGCAAAGCGGUUAUUACAGCAGCGUUCAUAACAGUGUUGGCAUUUCAUGGUGACCGUAAUUUAAGUAAAAAUUGUCUUAAAAGUAAACAAUAAGAAACAUUUAAGGCACUCCAAAGUACCAGGUGGUGACAUCGUAGACAAUGUCUGAUGAGGACCGUACCCAGGGGGGUGUAGGUGAAGACAACUCCACAGUGUCUAUAACCGAGGGAACCGGCACUACUGCUACUACAAAGGCGUACGACUUUCGUGUAUUUCGGAAGAAAACGAAGAAGCGAAAACAACCCGACGACGAAGAAAGUACCGUGGACAAAUGCUGCUCAGUAAUUUCUCUGCUCCUGUUUGGCAUAGUUACUCUUGUCAUCAUUAUCGCUGGUGUUGCUUCCAACAGAAUUCUCAUCGUUGUAUCCAUUUCGAAAAUAAAAGAAAACAGGACAUAUGCGUCUAAUCAUUCCACAGCUUCUAAAGCGACGAACUUGACAACCUUUGAUGAUGAAAAAGCCGAGAAACUUAGAUGGUACUGUCUGUUGCUCGGGAGUAUGCUUGCACCCGUUGUUCUGGGAUUUAUUGGAUCUGUUUCAUCCGCCUGCUUUCAAUCAGCUCGUAAAAAAGGAACAAAAUUCAUGGCACAGGACUUCUCUGACCAAUUGACUGAAGGCUACGUAUCUGAGGAUAAAAAAAUGCCGCUUGGAGCAUUUGCAAAGAGAAUUAUUUCUCUCAUUGUUCUUACUUCCAUUCCUGAAAUCCUGCAUUCGGGUGGAAUGUGCUUAUUCGUUUUCAAAACGCUUCUUGAAAUCCAUACGUUGGACAUCAUGCCCUUAUUCUAUGCCACGGGCCUUGUCCCCGCUUUACUAUUGCUGAUUAUUCACAUCAAAUCCGACAGACAGUCCCGUGGAAUAAAGAGUUUCGACAUUUUGCUUGACAUAUUGGUGGUAUUGAUUCAGUUAGGAUGCGUAGUGUUUAUUUGCUGGAACUGGGAUUCCCAAAGCCUUCGCAACUUUGCGCCAUCGAGUGUUUGGACUUUACCGGUCGCGAUUCUGCUAAUUUCGUUCGGUUGGUGGGAAAACUUUGUCAACACUGAUGCAAAGAAUUACAUAUCAGUACCUAUCAAGAACUUUAAAACAGAAAUGAGAAGACACAGGUCGCUGAUUUAUUCCUACGUUCUGUUUUUUAAGAUGAUUGCUACCUUGUGCUUUGCACUAGGUAUAUUGAACUGGAACGGGUUUUCCGUAGAAGACAUUCAAAGAUUUUUAAUCUCAGAUCAGUCCCUUGAUGAAAUAGAGAGAGUGGCCUUAAUAAGCGUGGGUUGUAUUCUAGGUUUUGCUGCCUUGCUGUCUUAUCUAUCCAUAUUCUUAACAUGCACCAUGGGCAUUCCUAAGUUCGGCUAUGUCUGUGUUGUGAUAUCCAUGAUUGUGUCCGCUAUUGGUGUUUUCAUACCGAUGUGUAGUGAAGGGACAUCGGCUUUUAUUGAGAAAUACACUCCUGACCAGACACUAGGGGGAGUCAUACGUAGAUGGCUGGUGGGCAGCCUAUCGCCCAACUGUGAUCCCCACAAUCCUUCGCAUGUUGGAACCCAGAUUGGACUGUAUAUCGCCCUUCUCCUCUCUCAUCUUCUUCUGAAUAGACAUGUGUGGAGUGCCCUUGGAAAAACUGCCAUACCCUCCCUGAAAUGGAUAUUUGUCCAGCCUCUGUACUGUGGUAUUCUCCUAGAGCAGUCGUUCAUGUUUCGUAGACGACUGCCAAAAGACGUUGAUGUUGAUGGGGGCAACGUUGAUUCCGUCGAAGAUGUUGCCCACAUCCCUUCCAGUGAGCAAUCAGAGAAAAAGAAACCAAUGGUAUACGCUUGUGGUACCAUGUGGCAUGAAUCCGAGAUUGAAAUGAGACAAAUGCUUGCCAGCAUUAUAAGACUCGAUACCGCAGUCAAAAAGGAAGAUUCGAUAUUCGACUAUGAGACACACAUAAUGUUCGACGAUGCUUUCACGUACACAACUGAAACCACGGAGACGGAAACCAAAGGAGAAGUCAAAAAGACAACUUACAUACGGAAUACUGUGAACAACUACGUGAAUAGCUUUUUUCGAAUAAUACUUGAGGACGUAUUCGGGCAAGAUGUUGAUCAUGAAAUUGUGAAAAGAGUCAUUCGGGGAUUCGGAAAAGCACGGCAAGCUCCAGAUGUAGAACACAAUCAAACCGAACAAACGGCAAAUGUAGAAGACAAUACGCGCACCCCAGCAACUUGCAUUAAGGUUACCAGGACGCCGUAUGGUGGAAGACUUGAAAUUAAAAUGAAUAACACUACCUUGUAUGUCCAUUUAAAGGAUAAAGAUAAAAUUCGACACAGAAAAAGAUGGAGCCAGGUGAUGUACAUGUACUACCUCCUGCAGUAUAACACUAACCCGGAAAACCCAGACAGAAAACACGAUGAAAAUGACCUGGACAACGUGUAUUUGUUGGCUCUGGACGGAGAUGUUGAUUUCCACGCAGAUGCCUUGACCAGCUUGGUGAAAGAGAUGGCGUCAGACAAGAAACUGGGAGCUGCCUGUGGACGAAUCCAUCCAAUCGGCAGCGGACCUAUGGUAUGGUACCAGAAGUUCGAGUACGCCAUUGGCCACUGGUUACAGAAGAGCGCGGAACAUGUUCUUGGAUGCGUUCUCUGCAGUCCUGGCUGCUUUAGUUUAUUUCGCGGGAAGGCAGUGAUGGAAGUGAUAGACAUCUACUCCAAUCGACCCAAAAAAGCAGUCGACUAUCUACAGUUUGAUCAAGGAGAAGACCGUUGGUUGUGUACCCUCUUGCUUCAAAACGGUCGGAGCAUCAAAUACUGUGCGGCAUCUGAUGCUUGGACCUAUGCACCAGAAACAUUCUCAGAGUUCUACAACCAACGGCGACGGUGGAGCGUGUCAACCAUUGCCAACUUGUACGACUUAUUAUCUAACGGCUGGCAAACUUCCACAAGAAACGAUAACAUAUCGUUUGGUUUUAUCGUGUACCAAGCUCUUCUUCUGGUAUCUACUUUGCUUGGCCCUGCCACAGUUCUAAUGGCCAUAUCAACGUCUAUUACGACCCUGUUGGUGCCAAACCUGAGCAAUGACACUGCAGGUGUAUUUGUAACCAACGGAAUUAUCCUCCUUCCAAUUAUAUUUUACAUCUGGGUCUCGUUCACACAAACCAAAAAUGUCCAGCUGAACGUAGCGACGAUUCUCAGCGGCAUGUAUGCUCUUCUCAUGGUAGCCACCCUCGUUGGUAUAAUAGUUGAAGUAGGUACAAACGUUGGAAGUAUGUCAUCCAUUAUCUUUUUGAUCCUGGUAGCAGUUUUUGUUACAACAGCACUUAUACACCCAAAGGAACUCUACUGUGUUUUUUACGGACUACUAUAUUUCGUAGCUAUCCCAUCUAUGUACGUAUUCUUAACAAUUUACUCACUUUCUAAUCUCAACGACGUGUCAUGGGGAACAAGAGAAACUCCAAAGCUUGACCAUGAUAGUGAAGGACACGGUUUGCCUAGGAAGGUUACUAAAAGCAGUGAGGACGGAUUUAACUGUGAUUCGUUUUUUGGCUGUAUUUGUCGCUGUAGAAAAGACAACGCAGGCCAAAUGGAAAACGGAGUUGCCAGUCAAAAUUCACCGACGUAUGCAACUGCUGACAAAGGCAGUUUGCCACCACUCAAAGCAAAGAAAUGGAACAGAGUCAAGGAAUUGGUAUUUAAGGAAUACACAUGGACCAGCGCCUUCAGUACGAAUAUGUGGCACAAACAAACCAAAACAACCGUGAACUUAAAAGAGCAAAACAAAUAUGAAUACACCUUCUGGAAGCACCUGAUCAAAUUCCGUCUUGAGCCCAUAGACAAAAACGCAGACGAAGAAAUACUGAAGAAAGAUUUGAAAACACUACGCAACAACUCCAUGAUAUUUGUUUUGUCUUGCAAUGCUGUCUGGAUAGCUUUCACGAUCCUCAUCCAAAACCAAUCUGACAUCUUAAUUCGUUGGCGUGACCACAAUGGCUACGAACAGAAAUCGGAUGUCUUGAGCCUUCUGUUUCUCAGCUUAUUUAUUCUGAUGACUAUCAUACAGUUUAUUUGUAUGCUUUGGCACCGGUUUUGGACUCUUAUCCACUACAUGUCGACAGCAGUGUCUUCAUUAAAAUUCGGCAAAAACAGAGUUCAUCCUUUAAAUGAUAACAGUGAUAUGAAUGGGCCAGGAACCUCGGAAAAUAGAAGCGGUGGCCGUGAAGCUGCUUACGUGAGUAACACUGGUGAAUUGGAGAAUAGACAAGCGAUCUCUGCCUCCAGUAGGCAGCCAGUUGAUGCUGAAACUUCACGGUCAGGUGCAACCCAUUUGACACACAGAAGCUUUCCGUUAGGCUUCUUAGAACCGGCGGCAAAUCACCAAAUUAAUUCGAUAACAGAGGCAAUAAAAAAGCCGAAGAACAAACACAAAAAGAACACAAAAACAAAAAGAAAAGGAAAAACCAAGAAAAAUCGAGACAAAAAAUCAAACGGACAACCUCCCAGUGAAUAUGUCGCUGCAUAAUUGAGAACGGAACGGAUAAGCGAACAUGUUGUUCCAAAUACUACUAACUUUUUGUAAGCUAGUGAUUUCCGUGACUUAAUACAGUGUUCAGGAUUGACUGCAUAUGUAAAUAUAUGAUUUAAAAUAAUGCAUUAGAGCGUGACACCCAGUCGUUUUUGUUGUGUAAAUAAAUGUUAUAUACUGCUUAAAUGAAGUUACAAACUCCCGCCUUUUAAGAAAAAUUUAAACCAAUCUCUUUGUUAUUUAAAUUUAACAAUUCUAAUACAAAGACAUAUAUCAUUGUUUUUGGAUGACAUUUCUACUUAAAUUGUGUGACACAGAAAAUAACUCUGCACUUGUUAAAAGUAAUAUUUAUGAUUAUAUUUGGGUUGAAAUAC